GAUUCCUUGUUCCCCAAGUUCCCAAAAUAGGACAAAAACAGAAAUUCCAUAUAUAUACUUCUAUAGAAAAGAGUGUUGUAGGAAUCAGCUAUGGCGGGAGGAGGAAACUUUCUUCACAGGGUUAUUUCUUACGUAGCGAACGAACUGAUCGUCAAUGGACUCGCCAACAACCAAACUUUUCAAAGAUUUGCUGUAAGGACCUCGAAGAGAAUAGAUGAUUUAUCUAAAAUGGCUGUGCAGACCAAGCGAAAAAUUGCUGACCAGAUCGAGGAUGUGUCAAAAAACUUUGAGUCAUACAAGAACAAGUAACUUGGAAGCAAUGGUGCAAGGAUGUACAGAGUUUGCUUUUUUCUCCCAAACUAAUAUUUUGAAGAAAAUUGAGAUAAUUGCAGUUCUGUAAUGUGGCUUUGUUGCACAUGGCAGUGUAGAAGUGAUCUUAGUAGUGAUGCCAUAAUGUUGCAUCGUAUUGUUUUCCCAUUUUUGUCGCUUUUGUGAUAUGUGUUUUGUAAGUGCUUUUGAAUUUCGAAUCAUGUCUCUAGAAAGCAUGUGAAAAAGUGCACGGAGUAUCUGCUCAAACUUUGGUGAAUCUAUGCUCUAUAGCUUGACAUUUUAUCUUUUAUGUACAGGAGAGGCUAUGAGAAUUGAGAACUAUGCGCACCUUUAGUCCUGUACUGAACUUUUUACAACUUCUAUACUAAAAUUGUUGUCCGAGCACACAGAUUUUGGAAAAGCAUUUGUUCA